UCCCAUCCCGUAUCUCUCCUCCUUUAAGGUUUUGAACACCCACCAGCCCCUUCUCUCUUUGAGAAAAAUGAGCAGCGCUCCAAAUUCUGUUUGUUGCCACAGAAAUAGACACCUUAUUGUUUCCUUGCUUUUUCUUCUGGUUUCAAGCUUGACUCAAGUUAGAUUCAUAGCUGCAGAAGGAAGGUCUCUCUCCACGUUGCUUGAGGUUGCUCAGAAAGGAAUUGAAGAGGAGAAGACAUUGGUGAUGAGAAGUCUGCUCGGGUCGAGGCCACCAAGGUGCGAGAGAAGGUGCAGUUCCUGCCCGCACUGUGAGGCAAUUCAAGUUCCUGUCACAACACAAUCCCAAAACCCCCAAUUCUCAGCUGCAGUAUUCUCAACUGCUUACUCUAGAGGCGAUGACAUCUCCAACUACAAGCCCCUGAGUUGGAAAUGCAAGUGUGGGAACCAGAUUUUCAAUCCUUGA